AUGCUACACUCUAUCUACGACCUCACCACGUCUUGUCGCAAAACUACGGGUGAUGUCCCUGCAAAGCUUGUGGGUGCUUCGACCACCGUGGUGGGGUCGAAAAUGUAUCUCUUUGGAGGCCGACAAGUUUCAGAACGCAGGAUGGUGUCUGACCUAUACGUAUUUGACCUCGAGACGCUGGUAUGGGCGAAACUACCGUCUCAUCCCGAGGAUGAUAUUCCUCGACCACGGUACUUUCACUCAUCUGAUUCUUGGAACAACCAAUUGAUUAUAUUCGGUGGGAUGAGCAACCAGCCAGACUCUCCCAACCCCGACGAGCUCUGCGUCCUCAACGACGUCCGCUUCUUCGAUCUCACGACGGGCCACUGGCUCCCGUCCUCGCAGACAGUUACCCCCAUCAACGAUUCCCUAAUCCCCCGCGCGCGAUACGCGCAUCUUUCUUCCGUAACAGCCGAUAGGCUCUUCAUAAUCGGGGGCCAGGACUUUUUUAAUACGUGGCUGGACGACGUGUGCGUGUAUGACCUCCUUGCGAAGACUUGGGUCCAGAGACGCGAUUAUCCACGCCAUUGUGGGACGUAUCGCAGUGUUGCGGUUUCGUCCCAUUUGACGGUCAGGCUUCCUCAAGAGGAAGUCAGGGCAUACAAUUCCACGGCCCCUGUUGCGCGGUUCCGCACGAACAGCGGGAAUAUGAACGCUACCCCUUCAUUAUCUUCCGCCAACGAUGACUUCACACCACCGGAAUCGCUUGUGUACCAUCCGUACUCCACCACUCCCACGAAGGACCACCCAUCUGACAUUUAUCUAUACAGUAAUUACAAUUUUACUGACGUGAAGCGUGAAUUAGAAGUCUUUUCACCUCUUCCUGAUUCGGAUUUUAACAUUGAAGACCGGUCCCCUGCGAUGGGCGGAACGACGUUUCCUCCUGGGCUGCGGUUUCCCACAGGCGCGAUUCUCGGUACGAAUCUUAUCAUUGCGGGGACGUAUCUGGCACAUAGCUACCAGUCGUUUUCUAUAUGGGUCUUGGAUCUCCUCACGAUGCACUGGGCACGGAUUGACCCUGGCAAGGCUGUGGAGACCGGCUCUUGGUUCCGUGGGUGCCUGUCUGCGGAGAGUAACAAGUUUUUCAUCUUUGGGAACCGUGAUGGCAAUUUGGUCGACGAUUAUAAUCGACGCCUGUUGAGUUGGGAACAUGUUGCAGUGGUGGAUCUGGAGGCCUUUGGUAUUUACCAACCGCCUCCUCUUAGGAUCGACCUGGAGAUGCAGGAGUUGGGCUUAAGUGCCUUGGAGGAGGGCGUCAUGGCCGAUUUCGAAGUUGUGUGCGAGGAUGGUCGAAAGAUACCUUGUUCACGACGCAUUUUGGAAGAACGGUGGGGAUGGUUCAAGGAUCAGCGACGGAAGCUGUUGGAGAGCGCGUUGACGACGAUGGAGGGGCUACCGACGAGUCCGAUGCAUGUGUCGCAGCCCGAGCUUCCGGGUGUUGCUGAGCCGAGGGCAGAUCCGAGACUGACGCCAAGAGCCCUUCAUCUUUCGGAGCCGUACCCCAUCACGCUGGCGUUACUGCAGUACUUCUAUUCGCUGGCUUUGAUCACACCUUUGCAGCAGGCUCCUGCGGUGUUGAGCCAGUUGCUAGUGCUCGCGACGAACUAUCAGAUCACGCAUCUGGAGACACUCGUCCGGCAUGCUAUGCACCGAGCGCUCUCAAAUUCCACAAGUGUGGGUGUGUACGAGGUUGCGACGCUAUGCAAUUGUAGAAGUUUGCAGAUCCGCGCGUUAAAGACAGUUAUGUCCUACACGCAGAAGCGGCCCAAGUCCAAAUCUGACAAAGAGCACGGCGGAGGCGGACGACCUCCCGGUCCCGAUGGGAGAUCGCACGACGGACCAUCCAAUGGUGGCGGCCAUGGUCCUGAUAGGUAUGCUAGACCUCGUGGGACGUCUGACGCAAAAUGGAGAACUGCCCCGAGUCUUGACCCUGGUCCUAGUAGUAAUAAUUAUAGCUCGAGUAAGCGCUUCAUAUAA